AUGCCAGAUAUUGAGGCUUUUGCGUCUGUCGAUGGCCCGGAUGCAGGUUUUUAUUACCGAGAUAAGCUACCUUUACUCUCUCUAGAGGAGAAAGUAGCUUUACUUUCUGGCAUCAGCUUCACGAGUACUGCGGGCGUGGCGCGAUUGGGUAUUCCACCAUUGAAGGUAAAAAUUGAAGAAGGCGAGGGUGAUUCUAUCAAUGGCGUUCGUGGCGCUCUAUCACACCUUGACGACACCGGUACUGCGUGUUUUCCGAGCUCAACAUGCCUUGCAUCUACUUGGAACACAAAAUUGCUUCGAGAAUUCGGCGAAGAAGUGGCAAUGCAAGCAAAGUCAAAAUCCGUGCAAGUGGUGUUAGGCCCCAAUAUCAACCUUCACCGAGAUCCGCGUGGCGGCCGCAACUUUGAAGCUUUUAGCGAAGAUCCCUUGGUUACUGGUCAACUUGCCGCUGCAAUUGUGGAUGGUAUUCAGUCUCAGGGUGUGGGUGCUUGCGUGAAGCACUUCGUGGCCAAUGAGAGUGAAACGGUGCGCAGGCGCUACAAUGUCGACGACUCGGGGGAUAGUAGAACUAUGCGAGAACUCUAUAUGCGAGCUUUUCAGCAUCUGCUCCGAGAAGUCAAUCCUGUUUCAAUUAUGACAGCAUAUAAUGCGUUGGAUGGUCACUUCUGCAGCCAGAGCCCAUUACUGCAAUCACUACUUCGUGACAGCUGGAAUUACAACGGGUGUAUCAUGUCAGAUUGGUAUGGGACCAAGAGCACAGACGCCGCAUUGAAGGCUGGGUUGGACUUGGAGAUGCCUGGGCCGUCUGUCUUCCGUGGUGCCAAACUUAUUGAAGCUUUCAACCAAAAAGAAAUUUCUGCAGAGGCACUUGAUGCUGCAGUGACGAAUGUUCUGGCAAUGGUCGAUCGUACUGCUACAAGCCACAGCGACAAGGAAGAAGAAUCUCGAGUCUGCGACCAGACCAAGUCUGUCGCAUUGCGAACUGCCGCGGAAGGCAUGGUUCUCUUGAAGAAUGACAAGAAUGUGCUUCCUCUCAGCAUUGCGGAGGAUAUUAAAGUCGCUCUCAUUGGGGCAGCAGUUAUCAAGCCAUCAAUGACUGGUGGCGGAAGUGCAUGCGCUAAGCCUCAAUACGUUAACACUCCUCUUCAAUGCUUCCAGAAUGCCUGCAGAGAUCCAAAGCAGGUCUCUUUUGCUUAUGGUGUCAAUCCUCAUCAUGCAGUUCCCAUCAUGCCUGUCGGGAUCACACAGUCACGGGAUGGGACUCCUGGUGUUGAUGUAGACUACUUCCUGGAUGGCUCCAAGAUGCCCUUGUUUUCAGAGCAUAUCGGGCAACCCAUUGUCGUAAUGCUUGGAAAGCUAAAGCCAGGUCUUCCAAAAGCCGGAUUCCACUAUGUUAUGGAAACUACCGUCACAGCAAAAACCAGUGGCAACCACAAAUUGGCUGUGCAAGCCACUGGAGAUUUUACUCUGUCUGUUGACGGGCUCGAGAUUCUCUCAAAGCCUGCCCCAGUGAUGACAGUCGAAGAUUUUUUGUUUGAACCUAAAAAGCUAGAAAGUAUCAUUGAAGUUCAUAUGGAGGCUCAACGAUCAUACAAAAUCACGCUCUGCACACAUUCAAGAGACAUUGUUUCUGGGCAUGGGGAGAUCUCACCACACUCGGCUAAGCUGUGUUUUGAAGAAGAACAUAAUGAUCGCACCGCUAUCGCCGAAGCAGUGAAAGUCGCCGCAGAGUCCGACGUCAGUUUGAUAAUUGGUGGUCGCACCAGCGAGUACGAAUCUGAGGGCUUCGAUUUACGAAUGCUGAAGCUUCCCGAGAGCCAAAUUCGCAUGAUCAAAGCAAUCGCCAGUGUUUCUCAAAAGACAAUUCUUGUCCUUCAUGGUGGCAAUCCUAUCGAUGUCUCAGACUUUGUGGACGAUGUUGACGCGGUGAUCGUGGCGCACUUCCCUGGUCAAGAAGGGGCGCAGGCUCUGGUGGAUAUUAUCACUGGUAAAACCAACCCCAGCGGAAGAUUGGCCACUACCUGGCCGAUGCGUCUUGAUGAAGCCUCAGUUCCAUCUUUCUCACAUUUCCCAGCAAGAGAUAUUGGCAACGGACCUGUCUUACGGUACUCCGAAGGCUUGAAAGUGGGCUAUCGGAAUCCCAAUACUGCUGCUGCUAUCCGAUGGCCUUUUGGCUUUGGUUUGUCUUACUCUACUUUUGAGUACAGCAACUUGGAGCUAGUUGCUCAGCAGGAUGUCAAUGGAAUCAGCUCCCUGAAAUGCUCGAGCAUCAUGAUUUCGAUUACUGUUGACGUUCAGAACAUGAGUCAGAAAGGUGGCAAGGAAGUCAUCCAAGUGUACUCCGAGCCUCCGGUGGACUCUGUGAUCUGGAAGCCGCGCUCCGAGUUAGUUGCCUUCACAAAAGAGUGGCUUGAGCCCAACGAAUCCAGGAAGGUGCAAAUUUGGGUCUCCCAGCGAGACAUGAGUGGAUAUUGGAAUAGUGAGACCAAAUGCUGGCAGUCUUUGAAUGGCAUCUAUAAGAUCAAGGUCGGCGGUUGUGAAGCCUGUAUAUUUGUUCAAGAUACGGCAACCUGGGAUGGGCUGUGA